AUGGGGCUCAGCGACGGGGAGUGGCAGUUGGUGCUGAACAUCUGGGGGAAGGUGGAGGCUGACAUCCCGACCCACGGGCAGGAGGUCCUCAUCAGGCUAUUCCAGGGCCACCCUGAGACCCUGGAGAAGUUUGACAAGUUCAAGAACCUCAAGUCAGAGGCAGAUAUGAAGGCGUCGGAGGACCUGAAGAAGCACGGGACCACUGUGCUCACGGCUCUGGGCGGCAUCCUCAAGAAGAAAGGGCAGCACCAGGCAGAGCUGCAGCCGCUGGCCCAGACCCACGCCACCAAGCACAAGAUCCCCGUCAAGUACCUGGAGUUCAUCUCAGAGGCCAUCAUCCAGGUCCUGCAGGCCAAGCAUGGAGGGGACUUUGGAGCCGACGCUCAGGGCGCCAUGAACAAGGCCUUGGAGCUCUUCCGGAACGACAUCGCUGCCAAGUACAAGGAGCUGGGUUUCCAGGGCUAG